UUUGCAGUGUCGAUUUUUCUACCCAUUCGGUAGGGUUUAUUUUGAUAUUAAUUCUGAUUAUUGCUCUAGUAAAACAAAGAGAGAGAAUCAAUCAUGAAAAUUUGUGUGGCUGUUUUGGCUGUGCUGUGCACCCUUCAGCUGGCAACAGCAUCACCGUUUCCAGGACUUUUUGGCAGCAUCUUCAAGACCAUUACUGAUACAGCCAGCAAUGUUGUUAACACUUUUACCGAUACAGCUACCAACGUUAUAGAUGGUGCAACGGAUAUUGUAUCAGACACUGCGGACGUUAUGGCUGACGUCGUGGAAGAUGUACCCAUAAUCGGUACCGUUGCAGAUACUGCAGCAAGUGGCAUCGAUCAGAUGGAGACCGUAAUUGAUAAUACAGCAGAUACCAUGGCCGAUACUACCAACGACAUCGCAGACAGCUUCCAAACCGCAGCUGAUAAUGUGAUUGAAGGAAUAGAUAAUACCUUGUCUGGAAACCUUAGUCCCACAAGUGGAACAACCCUCAUGGAAGACAUCAACAAUCUCCUCAGUGAUGUCAUUAACAAUUUCUGCACCGGAGGCACCAUGCCAGGCAACCUCAAUACCAUGAUGGACACCGUUUCGGGCUUCACUGGAGGACUCCUCAGCAGUUUUUCCCUGCCCAAUCUCAGUCUCGAUGACAUUGCUCCCGUUUUCAAUAUCAACGACGUUUCCAGUGUUGUUACCAAUUUCCUUGCUGGAGGUGACACAUUCCUUGACCCUCUUCUGAAUGCUUCAUCCAAUUUAUCUGAAUUGGCUGCAAACCUAACUGAACUUGCCGCCGGCAAUGUUCUUCUGUGGCCCUUGUUGCCAUUCCUCCUUAAAGCUCAGUUCAAACUCCUCCUCAUUGAGACUGCUAUCAACGCAACCGACCAAAUUGUGGGAUAAAUACCCCACACACCUUUUAUGCUUACAACAAAUAAAAACUCUGAACUCAAACCAUCUUGAUCCACUAUAGCUCUUAAGACAACAAUAACACUGUAUAAAGGCAUAAAAAUAAAUGAAUUCAAAAACCACAGAAACUGAGAUUGUAAAAAAAAACGAAUAAACAUCAUAAUUUUAAUUAAUGUUUAAA